UUUAUUGGAUAUCAGGUGCAGUAUAAAUCCUGCAUAAGGACAUAAAGAGCCAUUACAUUUAUCAUACGAGCCAAAUGAAUUUGUCAGAUGUCGGAUAGUAAACAUCAACAAAGCUAGUCAAAUGAUAGAUAUAUCAUUCUAAUUCUUAAUUUCGUGAUGUUGCAUCCUUAGACGAAAAUUCAGAAAGAGAAGUUCAGAAGUGUUCAGAUCAACUAAUAAAAGUUUAAACUAACUCGAUUAAUUUGAGAAUUUCGACUAAAAGCAAAUUUUGUACAAUUCAAGGAGCAAUGUUGAAUAUAAAGAUCGCAGGAGCAUCCGUGAAAUGCGUUAUUAACAAUGACACGCCGAUAGCACUGUAUGAAUUGUGGCAACGAGUCGAAGAAGAGACGGGGCUUUUACGUGAUCAAUAUUACAUCGUACAUAAUGGCCGACUUAUGCAGAAAGAUGAUAUUUGCACGAGUGGUUGCGCAACUAUUGUUCCAAGACUCCUGGGUGGCAAAGGUGGUUUCGGUUCUAUGUUACGGGCGAUAGGCGCGCAAAUAGAGAAGACUACGAAUCGCGAGGCUUGUAGGGAUCUGAGCGGUCGCAGAUUGCGUGACAUAAACGAGGAAAAAAGGUUGAAGGCUUGGAUCGAGAAACAGACCAAGAGACAUGACGAGGAAGCAGAGCGCAAGAAGAAGAAGCUUGAGAAAUUAUGCGCUGAACCGAGACAUGAGUUCAAAGAUCAGCGUUACGAACGGGAGAGAGCAGAGCUACCUGAGAAAGUCGAAGAUGCAGUUGAAGAAGGUUUCAAAGCUGCUACUGUGUCAGGCGUUAAAAGGAAAUUAGAAAAAGAUGUUCAACCAAAUAAACGCAAAACUAUAUUAGAUUUUGAGAUUGAUUCCGAAUUUGAGGAUACUUCAGAUGAUAGUGACAAUGAUGAUAGUGACAAGAGUGACAUAUUAGCUGCAAAAAAAAGCAAGACAGAGCAACAAACGUCGACUGACAGUGGGAAUUCCAGUGAUGAUACUGGAAAACUUGAUGAGAGCACCAAGAAAAUAGAAAGCGGGCAUUCCGAGUCGUCGAUUGUUAAUGAGAUAAACGAUAAAGUUUCGAGUAAUGAGACAGAUCCAAAAUGUAUUGUUGAUUCUACCAAGGACCAAAAUAUAGAUUCUAGAAAAGAAGCUACUGUUUAGAAAUAAUAAUUUGAAUCAGUUGUUUCUUAGCGUUACUCUUUACUAUAUUCCAUCAAACUGGAAUCCAUUUUCUGUGAUGAUCCAUACUAUUGCCAGAAAUGAAAUGACAAAUUCAGUAAAAGAUUUUGAAUAUAUAUAUAUAUAU